UCGUGAUCUGUUAUUAUUCUGUAAAUAUGCCAAAAAUAAGGCCAACUAAUUCCAUUGUUUUAAAAAAAUACGUAUUAGAAUUUGGUGAGAAUGUGUUUUCGUGUGAUGAAUCUGUACUUUUCUGUAAAUUGUGCGAAACAAAAGUAAAUGCUGAACGGAGGUAUACAGUUACACACCAUAUUGAAACUGCAAAGCAUCAGCGGGCGGUUAAUCGACAAAAUACCACCAAAAUGUCUAUAUCACAACUUCAGGUAACAACAUUUACAAAAAAAUCAUCAUUUUCUAAAAACUUGUGUAAGGCCAUGUUAUCCGCCAAUAUUCCGUUGCAUAAAAUUAAUAAUUCAGAAUUUCGUUUAUUUUUGGAAACAUAUACGAAUAGAGACAUUCCGAGUGAAUCUACGUUACGCAAAAAUUACGUAGAUGAGGUGUACUCCGACACUUUAAAUAAAAUAAGAGACAAUAUAAAGGGAAAUAAAAUUUGGGUCUCAAUUGAUGAGACCACAGAUGUUAAUGGAAGAUAUGUGGCUAAUGUUGUGAUUGGAACACUUCAAAUAGACCAACCCGGAAAAGUGUAUUUAUUAAACACAGAAAUUCUCGAUAAAGCAAAUUAUUCAACAAUAACAAAAUUAUUCGAUAAAUCAAUGUUCCUUCUUUGGCCCGAUGGCAUUCGUCAUGACGACGUCCUUCUGUUUCUUAGUGAUGCAGCUCCAUAUAUGAUAAAAGCAGGGACUACAAUUAAAGCACUGUAUUCAAAAAUGAUCCACGUCACCUGCUUAGCCCAUGGUAUACAUCGAGUUGCAGAAGACAUACGAGGAAAAUUUCCAGAAAUAGAUAAACUCAUUGCUAAAAUUAAACAAAUAUUUUUAAAAGCACCAAGCCGAACUAUUCUUUUUAAAAAUAAAGUACCAGGUACACCAUUACCACCACAACCUAUUAUCACACGCUGGGGCACAUGGCUUGAGGCUGCUUCAUACUAUUGUAAACAUUUUAAUGAGGUAAAAAGUGUCGUGCAAGAACUUGAUCCUGACGAAGCUGUUUCAAUAAAAGUUUCACAAAAUAUUUUUACCCAGAUUUCAACUUCAGCCGAUUUAGUAUUUAUUCACUCGAACUACGGAUUUUUGCCGGACGCGAUUUUAAAAUUAGAAAAUCAAGGACUUCCGAUAGUUGAAGCUAUUGGAAUAAUUAAAAAUGUUCAAAAUAAAUUAGAAAAUAUAUUUUGUGAAAUCGGAAUUUCAGUCCAUGAAAAAUUCAAGAAAGUUAUUGAAAAGAAUAUCGGAUUUGAAACUAUUAUUAAAAUAAAUGAUAUACUCACUGGUCAAGGAAAAUGUUUCGAUGGUUUACCAGAAGACUUAACAAUAAACGAUAUAGCUUAUUUUAAAUACGCUCCACUUACAUCGACCGACGUAGAACGAAGUUUUUCGAGGUAUAAGAACUUAUUGGCUCCAAAUCGAAGAGCGUUCGAAUUCGAAAAUUUAAAACAAACACUUAUAGUCCAAUGCAAUAAGGUUUAAAAUUUAAAAUAUUUAAUAUGUUUAGAAUACGCAUAGAUUAUUAGUUAAUAUUUAUUAAUAUAAAAUGUAAAAAAUAUAUUUUUU